CAAUUGAGAGAGACCCAGCCAGCACGCAGCACAGCACGCCAGCUGCUGAAGAACAAUGGGAAGCUUCGAACGCUCGCCGCCGCUCCAUCAUUGUCCCACGACAUGACUGACACUUGGCUGGAAAUGUUGGUGACACCUGUGCCUCUCGCCCGCCGUCCACCAGCCACACGCUUCACAGGAUUCUGCGUGUCCCUCGAUGCCAGUGCCUCACUGCCUCACUGCCCCACUACCUCCACCUGUCAGGCACUUCUAUUCCGAGAACUACCACUGCAGUUCGAGCCAUGUUUUCGGGACUUCUCCUUCCCUCGGGGCAUUGAGGUAUGUAGAGGGGCAGACGGCUUCAGAGUGGCACAGAAAGAGCGCCCUCUUCGCUUGAUCAGGCAUCUCCCGUUCCCGUGCCUCUUCCCUCGCGUGCUUGUAUUGUCUCGGUAACAAUAGGCCCAACAGCGCGUGUAAUAAUGCAAUUUAGCAACACUUUGGGACUUUACCCACCCUCAGCCCUGCACGCGGAGAGAUGGGUUUGGAGGAAGAGCACAGUGCUCUGGUGCAGGGGCCGAGUUCCAUCCCUUCCAGGCUAGUGGCUCAUUCCCUUCUUGCCUCGGGUGCUUUCUCAAAAGCGUGGGAACACACUCGGACACUCGCAGCGUAAA